UCGUUCAGUUCGCGAUUGGAUCGACUUGGGUACGGAUCGCGCCAGUUAUUUGGUUCUCUUUUUUGUGUGUGACUUUCGUGCUACGGUUACAGUAUAUUUUGCGGUGUGAUACUAUCCGAAAUUUGGUAUUGUUCCAGAAAAGGUGCGUGUAACUGUGGAAAGCAUAGCGAAAUCUGUAUAGUCAGUAGUGAUCGAAGGAAGAAUUUGGAGUAAAUUAGUUGAAAGAGGGUAUCAACCCCCUCCUGUUGUGUUUGGUGGCAGGGAGUGUACAUGCGUGUGUUUGCGAUUAAGCAAAAUAAGCGGAAAAAAUAUAAAUAAAAAAAGUCGAAUAUCAAGUGUUUGAUAAGUAAAACGUAGAACCAGAAUUUGCCCGGAGAGGAUUAUUACUCGUCUCAACCGGUGGAGCACAUUAAAAUCGCCGAGUGAGAGAGCACGAGUGAGACGCGGAUAAAAAAGUGAGACCCUUUUGCAAAGUCAAAUCUCAGGGAAACACGCGAGAAAAACACAUCCGUCAGUCUGGCGGAGAUGUCUACAGAGCGGGAAUUAACACCGGGUGGACCUCCGCAAUUGCAUCCACUCUCUUACUCAGAUCUCGCCACACACAUUCAGCUUAAUGGUGUCGGAAUAAUGAGCAAAAAUUUCAGCGAAACACCAUGGAAUACUUCGCCGCCGCGGCCUCCAAGUCCGACUCAGUCGCAGACCAGCUUCGAUACACUCUCACAAAUGACACAGCAUGAUCCAGUGACGACUCAAAUGGAGCCAUUGUUCCCUGGAUCCAGAGCAAUUACAAUCCCCCAACCUGGCCCAAUCACUCAAAUCACUGAGUUUACCGAGAUAGAAGCAGCACCGAUUGUUGAAUGCACGCAGCUGACAACGCAACCUAAACCUUUGUUUGUGCCUCCCGAUCAGCUACGCAGUGUUAUGGCUGGGAGGCUGUCGCAACUUCCACGUCGACCAAAUUAUGGCCGCAUAGGUCGACCAAUUGAUAUCCUUGCCAACGUUUUCCCGAUUUCGGUGCCUCGUGGUUUCUGGCAACGUUACCAUAUCAGCAUCCAGCCGGAAAAGAUCCCGCGGAGUGUCAACCGUGAGAUCGUCGAAACGAUGGUGCGUGCGUGGAACAGGAUUUUUGGUGGGUUCAAACCGGCCUACGAUGGACGCAAUCGUCUGUACACUAGGGAUCCGCUACCGAUCGGUACGGAAUGCAUAGAACUGGAAGUUACGCUGCCCGGAGGUGAUGGGAGGGAUCGAGUCUUCCAAGUCAGCAUCAAAUGGGUGGCCGAGGUGUCGCUGUUUGAUCUGUAUGAAGCACUCAACGGCAACAGACAUCCGGUACCGUACGAAACGGUGAAGGCGAUCGAUGUGGUGAUGCGGCAUUUACCAAGCAUGGAACACGUUCCCAUCGGGAGGAGUUUCUUCUGUGCCCCUAAUAACUAUUAUCAUCCACUUGGAGGAGGUCGAGAAGUAUGGUUCGGUUUCCAUCAAAGUGUCCGUCCGUCGCAAUGGAAGAUGAUGCUCAACAUUGACGUUUCCGCAACCGCUUUCUACAAAGCGCAGCCGGUGAUCGAGUUUAUGUGCGAGGUGUUGGAUAUCAGGGAUAUCAACGAACAGCGCAAACCGUUGACUGAUUCGCAGCGCGUCAAAUUCACCAAGGAAAUCAAAGGACUUAAAAUUGAAAUCACCCAUUGUGGAACGAUGCGCCGGAAGUAUCGUGUUUGCAACGUUACACGGCGUCCUGCACAAAUGCAAUCAUUUCCCCUGCAACUGGAGAAUGGUCAGACAGUGGAGUGUACCGUUGCCAAGUAUUUCCUCGAUAAGUAUAAGAUGAAGCUUCGGUAUCCCCAUCUGCCUUGUCUCCAAGUUGGCCAAGAGCACAAACAUACUUAUUUACCGUUGGAGGUUUGCAAUAUCGUCGCCGGUCAACGUUGCAUCAAGAAACUCACCGACAUGCAGACUUCUACGAUGAUCAAAGCAACGGCCAGAUCGGCUCCGGAUCGUGAACGUGAAAUCAACAAUUUGGUGCGUCGCGCGGAUUUCAACAACGAUGCUUACGUGCAAGAAUUCGGACUUGCGAUCUCAAACAGCAUGAUGGAGGUACGCGGUCGAGUGCUGCCGCCUCCAAAACUGCAGUACGGAGGGCGUGUUUCCAGUAUGAGCGGACAAUUACCUUCCGGUCCACAGAAUAAGGUGAGCUUAGCAUUACCAAACCAAGGGGUUUGGGACAUGCGAGGCAAACAAUUUUUCACCGGCGUCGAAAUCCGCGUAUGGGCGAUCGCCUGCUUUGCGCCACAGCGAACCGUCCGGGAGGACGCUUUGAGGAACUUCACCCAGCAGCUGCAGAAGAUUUCGAACGACGCCGGGAUGCCGAUCAUUGGACAGCCCUGCUUUUGCAAGUAUGCAACUGGACCGGACCAGGUGGAGCCCAUGUUUAGAUAUUUAAAGAACACCUUCAACCAGUUGCAACUGGUAGUUGUUGUGUUGCCCGGAAAGACUCCAGUAUAUGCUGAAGUCAAACGUGUAGGUGAUACGGUUUUGGGAAUGGCGACACAAUGCGUCCAAGCGAAGAAUGUUAACAAAACGUCGCCACAAACAUUGUCUAACUUGUGCUUGAAGAUCAACGUUAAACUGGGUGGAAUCAAUUCGAUUCUGGUGCCAUCAAUCAGACCAAAGGUAUUCGACGAGCCUGUAAUUUUCUUGGGCGCAGAUGUGACACACCCACCAGCCGGUGAUAAUAAAAAACCUUCGAUCGCAGCCGUGGUUGGCUCGAUGGACGCUCAUCCAUCUCGUUACGCUGCUACUGUCCGAGUGCAACAGCAUCGUCAAGAAAUUAUCCAGGAACUUAGCAGCAUGGUUAGGGAAUUGUUGAUAAUGUUUUACAAAUCAACCGGUGGUUUCAAACCGCAUCGGAUUAUUCUCUACCGGGAUGGUGUUUCGGAAGGACAAUUCCCUCACGUGUUGCAGCAUGAACUAACGGCAAUCCGAGAGGCAUGCAUCAAGCUGGAAGCGGACUACAAGCCUGGUAUUACGUUUAUCGUGGUACAGAAGCGCCAUCACACGCGAUUGUUCUGUGCGGAUAAGAAGGAGCAGAGCGGAAAGUCAGGCAAUAUUCCAGCUGGUACGACCGUAGACGUAGGAAUUACGCAUCCCACCGAGUUUGAUUUCUAUCUGUGCAGCCACCAGGGUAUCCAGGGCACCAGCAGACCCUCACACUAUCACGUUCUGUGGGACGACAACCACUUCGAAUCGGACGAACUCCAGUGCCUCACGUAUCAACUGUGCCACACCUAUGUGCGAUGUACCCGAUCGGUUUCGAUUCCCGCACCGGCUUAUUACGCUCAUUUGGUAGCGUUUAGGGCCAGAUAUCAUCUGGUCGAGAAAGAACACGAUUCCGGUGAGGGAUCUCAUCAGAGCGGCUGUUCCGAGGACAGAACACCAGGCGCGAUGGCUCGUGCCAUUACCGUACACGCAGAUACCAAAAAAGUUAUGUACUUCGCUUAAGGGAAGUAUUUUCAGUUGUUUAGUUACAAUUACAUUGUAUUAUUUAUGGAGCUUGUUUUUGGUCACAAAAGACGACGAUUGUGUAGUAAGGUUUUAGAAUAACCAAUUUCAUUAGCUUUCUAGACAGCUUAUUUCAAAAUUUCAACGAACAGCGCAACAUUGUUGUCGUGCACGCCUGAAGAAUCGUGUUAAAAAUAGCCAAACAAUAAUAUCUUUGUUAGGCCGAUGAAGAGUUUGAAUUAUUUGACAUAUGUAUUGCUUAUACGAUAUAUUUAGUAUUAAGAUCACACCCAUACUUAGUUAUAAUUUGAGGAUAGACAGCCGGUGAGAUAUAUAGCGCAACCAGCAAGUGAAGCGAACUCUCAAAAAAGAGACGAGUUAUUAAUAGUGGAGAAACUCGAGCAAUAGCAAUGCAAGCAAGUGUCGUGAAUAUUAUAGCAAGGAAAGUUCUUAUUUUAUUGUUAAAACUACUAGUAACAGCGCUGUGUAGGUUAUAUUUACUUAUUCUCGACUAGACACAUUCAUGCAAGGUUUCUUUAGUUAAUAUAUUUUUGCUCAAAAACGUAUACACACACAUCUUAACAAGGCAAGUAAAACACAAAGUUAGUUUUUUAAGUCAAGAGGCUUUCCUACAAAAGAAAAUGAACAAUUGUUUCACAAAAGUUAACAUUUUUCUAUUAAUUAUAGUGCUUCAUCAUCGCCGCGUUUCUUAGUGUACGAAAAUCGUGUUUUUAAAAAAUGUUCUUUUCGACUUGAAAUUUAAGAUUGUGGACUAUAAUUUAGAAAACGAAAUAAAACAUAAACACAGCUUUAAAACCAAUCUCCUAGCUACUAGCAAAAAAAACAAACACAUAUAACAGAAACACUAUUUAGGGAACAAUCUCAUGCCAGACGCAAUAGCCGAAAUUUUAGACAUUCCUCAAGUCAGACAGACAAUCAUGCGACGAAAGCAGAAUAUCUGAUGUCUGGACAAACAAGUAAUAUAGAAAAGCAAGAAGAAUGCAAAUCGAACUAUUUGUUUUGUUAACGUAUUUUUUCCAUCCUAAAAGAGAGGAGCGAAGCAAUGUACUCAAACAGUUUAACUUAUGGGUGUAAAACAGAAUAACAAAUCAAACAAGGGAGUAAUUUUAUAAGUAGUUGAAAUCUAUUCAUUUUUUUUCCUUCUUAUUGCUGUCAGUCUCAAACAAAGUGACACAUUUCUGUCUGUAAGCGAGAUGAUACGAGAGAACGAAAAAGCGAAAAAGCCAAACAGGGCCGACGGGCGAACUUAAAUCCAAAACUCCUUAAAAAGUGCGAAUAAAAACUAAGCCACUAAACAUCAUAUAUGGGACAGAAUAUAUUAUUUGAUUAUAAGUGAAUAGUAAUAUUACUAGCUAGUUUGAUAAGGCGAGUCGUUGGACGGAAACAAAGAAAGAACUCUUAUACCGUUGAUAGGAUAAUGUUUAGCAGUAAAACCACAAAACUCUCGAUGUGUUACUUUAAAUAACAUUAGAAUGAACCAUUGGAACUAUAGCCCUAAAGAACAAUACAAAACAGCUAACAAUUGAUAAAGGAUGUGAACAAUGACAUAACUAAUAUAUAAUUCUCAUAGUGAACAUGGAAAAUCAAUUAGUCAGUAAGCAUUUUAACCAAACUGAGAGUGAACAAGUCAUUUUAGCAGGCCAAUUCGAGGGGUAGUAAGGAGGAAUCAAUUUCACACAUAGAAUUCAAUCUCAAGUGUAACGGAAAUAACACAAAACGAACACAUAAAUCAAUACAUCAAACAUCGUUUACAGAGUACUCAUAACGGCACUCAUACAAAUGCAUGAAUGGUUAAUGAUAGAGAAAAUUGUUUAAUCAGGGAUGAUUUUAUGAUGUUAUGAUUCAAGAUUGAGACGAGAGAUUCAGUUUAAUUUUAUUCUACUUAUUCUGCUCUUUGCAUUUUUUUACUAGAAAUUUCAUUUUCCAAAACCUAAAUUUUCUUACCACAGGACUAACUAAUUGAACUGAAGAAACUGAAGAAUACUGAAUUGAAGAGAAAUGUCAGUUAAUCAUUCUUAUUCAGAAUUCCGUUGCGUGGCAAUUUCGUUUGGAUGUUAUUCGAAUGAUCGAUUCCUACAACAAAUAACGCUUGAAACAUUCAGAAUCCGGAAUCACAAAACCAGUUGUAUCUCGAGAUUGGUUAAAGGUACAAAAAUGUUUUUAAAAUGGCAGACAGUUUAUUGUUUUUGUCAGAAAAAAAUAUAUAAAACAUAUUGUCAAUUACCCAAUGUUUUUCGAAUGGGAGGAAUUGGAGGCAAUUGAAGUCUUUUUCAAUGUAAUUGACCCCAUUGUCACGGUUCCACAGAAGCACCUCUCGAUUGUAGUGGUAGCUUUCAAAAUCGAGCCAAACAUCUCCAAACCUUUGUGAGCCUUAACAAACUCAAGGAUACGUUUCUGCAGGCACUCUUACACAUUUCGAGUCUAUUGUAUUGUUUUUGACGAGGACCUUGGUUUCCUUUUCACAGCUGCAAUGUCCCUUGUCAAAUCAAUAACUUACUGGCAUGCAAAACCUUGUUUACAAAUUUCGAGCGCGUCUUUUGGCCACCAGAUUUUGCAUCAGCGUCCUGUUUGGUUGCUUGCAGGCACGGAAAUUACAAUAACCUUCUCGCAUACGGAUUCUCCGGAUGGUACUUUGGUUAGAGUUGUAUUUUUGGCGAUUUCGUAGUCCGAAGGUUUCAGGUUUGCCUUAAUUGUUCUCAAUACUAUGACCGCUACUAUAAAAUGAACAGUGAUUCCGGAUUCUGAGUGUUUCAAGCCUUACAAAUACGCGAACACAUUUUAGAAACCUUCGAACGACGUGUGGAGACCAACCGAAUCCGGCCUCAGUUCGAUUUAUCAAUAAUCUUUUCUGUUAUAUCUACGUUAAAUUUCCUGAUAUCGAGAGCGAUAAAGAUCAAUUCAAACAAAUCACACAAAAAUACCGUCUAUAUUGAACCAGAAAGCGUUUUACAUCAAGGUUUCAAACAGCAGACCCGUUUUGAGAGACAGCCAAAUAUCGAGAAACAAUAAUCACAUCCAGAAGAGACGCAAUAAAAUAAUGUCCUCAUGCGUGUUUGUUGCGAACUAAUUGAAACAAUAUGAAACAGUAAAUGAAAUGAAAACAAAAAAAAAAUAAAACAAUAGUUUUAACGGAAUCACACAGCAAAUCCUCCCACACAUACAUACAACCAUACACACACAAAAGGCGUCUUCUGACGAAGCGAUUGAUGAAUGAUAAUAGAGAUAAACAUCUUAGCGAGUAUAAAUAUCGUUAGUUCGUAAGACCAAGCUGCAAAUUAAAACGACGGAAUACAAGCGAAAACAAGGCCCGGGAAAUUUCUAUUUAAUGUUAGAUCGUAUUUUUGUAAGUUAUUCAUGGCAGAAGAGUUAUCUUAAAAACAAAACUGAACCAGCAGCAACGCGGAGUAAAUUUAUCUAGAUUUAAGGCGUCCAGAAGAGAAGGAGAAGAGAGGAGAAAGCAGAGGCAAAGAUAUCAAAAACACUAUGAUUUUAUCAUAGCAAUGAGGACGAGACGAACAAUAUACAAGGGAUUUUUCCAGCGCUGAAUAGAAUGCUAGUGUUGUAUUAAUAGAAAAAGGAAUCAUUAAAUAGUUAAACACAUCGAGUGCCAACUACGAAAUAACUCUCGUGGUUGACAGGCGAAGUGUUAAGCUAAGAUAGCUGUCUAUCAAUUAACUAGAAAAAAGUGAUUUAAAACCAAUAUCUAUAUAUAUAUAUAUAUAUAUAUAUAUAUAUAUAUAUAUAUAAUGCAAAGUGAAUCCACAACAAACAAAUAUAAUUUAUGCUUCGAAUUAUUUUAUUGGAAUUGUUUUAGCUAAACUAAUUUUUAAGUGCUAGUGAAAGUCUCCUUCAAAAAAUGGCCAAAAAUGCCGAAACACAAUUAAAGCCAAUUAAGCAUACGCAUAAUUAGUUUUCAUCAUUGUUGAACACCAAGAACUUAUUUUCUAUAUAAGUAAUUUCGAUCAUACAAACAAGCCACAUGUUUCAUUCUUCCGUACACAACACAGCUGAACAAUGAAAUUUAAUUAUUACUGUAUUUCAUUGGUUCGGAGGCUCGAUUUCGUAUAAGGCAAGCCAAUCCCAUAAAAAAGUAACAUCAGUUUUGUGCAUAAAGUAGAAUAAACUGUUUCAAGUUUAGAUUUAUUGUAA